UCCCACUACAUCGACCCUACCACCCUACAUCAUCGACAUCCCCACAGCAUGGCGGGACCGCGCGCCAACCUGGCUGUGACGAAGGACGGCGAACCCUACAACAGAUUGCAGCGACCAGACAAUCUUCUCCAUGAGCAUGCGCCUAUGAACAAGGCAACCGAGCGCAAGCGCGAGCGGGCAGCUGUUGACAGACCAAUGACCAGACCCACCUCUGCAAACAAGCGUGCGAAAAUGAACCAUCCGGAAUCGACGGCCAACAGUUCUCCGCUUCUCAGUGACAGUUACCGGAAUCGAAGCGCUGCGACCGUCGCGGAAUGUGGCAUGCGCUUCACUCUCCCAAUCGAGGAAGAUCAAGCACAAGACUCGGACGACUCAUUGGGGGAAGCACUUGCAUACCUCCGUAGCGUACGGUCAGAAGCAUCUACAAUCCCAAAUCUACUCGUUGCGCCGACGACACAAGAGGAAACCGUCAAGCCUUCGCAGCUGCACACAUCAAAGACUCUGCUUGGUCAACGUGCCUUCUAUCAAGAUGGCGCCUGGAUAUCGAUUGACGAAAGCUACGGAGCAGCGUACAGCAAAGACCAUGAGCCUGAUGAGACAGACCCGCAGGCUUCAUACCACAAGCAGUUAAUUAAGCGGUUCGAAAUCCUCCGCAGCAAUCUGAAUAGGAAUGGAGUUCAGAGAUCGGCUCCUCCAGGUAUUGACGCAAGCCAAGCGUCGCCCGCGAAGCCACCGUCGAAUCGACACGAUUGGUUGUAUACAAUUGAUCGGGAAUAUCCAACCCCGGAUCAAGUGUUUCAGCUAGACGAGAAUAACGCCAGGCGCGGUCUCGAAUAUUGUGCCCAUGCCAUGGAUCGGUUUGAUACGAUUUCCAAACAAAAGAGUUGCUGGACCUGGACCUUACUUGCCUUGUCAGGUGAUAUCGGAACACUGGACUCACAGAAGAUGAGCCACAUCAGAGAUCUUGGGAACAAAGCUGCCGAAAUGAGUAUUGCUUUGCAUACAGAUUUCAGAAGGCAGAACGGAGACGCCAAAUAUGAUGUAGUUCGUGCAGAUUUAGCAGACGAUGUGCAAGAUGGCAAGAACGAGAUCGACAAGGCAAAUCUGUGUGAUGCCAGCAGAGACACUCAUGAUUCAGCAACGGGGUACGUACGAUCUGAUGCCGACAAGGAUCUAAAGGUGAUGCCUAGAACGUUGCUGAACGAGGCUGCGCCAGGAGCUCAGGACGCACAGCUUCGGUCAGAUGUUUCGAACGACGUCAAUGAAGAGACUAACACUGACAAAAACAACGACACGCUUAAGGAAGCACGUGCAUGUCUGCUUGCACAGCUCGGCGAUAAUUUGGUACAAGCUGGCAUUCCAGUGUCAACAACACGCAUUGCCGAUUCAAAUACACAUCACAGUGGACAGCAUGAUCCAGAUUUAGAUGUUUUACAGCAUGAGAUCCAGGCCCGCGCGAUCCCAUCUCGGGCGGAAGCUGAAAGACAACGGCAGAUAAUGCGGAUGCGGGAAUCGGCUACCCAAAGGUUGAGAGACCAGGUGCCUACCCUUGCUAAGCCGUCUGUUACCAUACGUUCCGUUUCCGAUGACCACGGCUCAUGUACUGUCGAUCUGAACACAAGGGUUACAAUUGACAUGAUCUUGACCGUGGUCGCCGAGUGUUAUGGGCAACGAGAUCUACUAGAAUUCCGCAAGCCGUGGUAGGUACCUACAGAUGGUGGCAUUCUGUGUUUCUCUCCGUGAUUUCACAGGGAGACCUGCACUUUCUCCUUGAUGAACGGAUUUGCAUUUCGAGAAUAGUCAUAAUUAUCUUCUGCUCAUGAUUCACACGUUGAGCGCACGGG